AUGUCCAAAAUAGACAAGAUGAGCAUCCUUGGGGUGCGAAGCUUUGGCAUUGAGGACAAAGACAAACAAGUAAUCGCGUUCUUCUCUCCCCUCACUGUUCUGGUUGGUCCCAAUGGAGCUGGCAAAACGACCAUUAUUGAGUGCCUUAAGUAUGCAACUGCAGGAGAACUUCCCCCGGGUUCUAAAGGAGGUGCUUUUGUCCAUGAUCCAAAGGAUGCCCACGAGACUGAGGUGCGAGCACAGAUUCGACUUCUGUUCUCUGAUGUCAAUGGCGAGAAAGUCACUAUCACCCGUUCCAUGUCCUGCACACAGAAGGCAAAGAACUACACAUUCAAAAGCUUGGAACAAGUAAUUACCCGGAUAAAGGACGGUCAAAAAGUUAGCUUGUCAUCUAAGUGUGGCGAGCUAGAUCGUGAGAUGAUUUCUGCACUUGGUGUAUCCAAGCCGGUGUUGAAUCAUGUCAUAUUCUGCCAUCAGGAAGAGUCCAACUGGCCACUUAGUGAGGGCAAAGCGCUCAAAGACAAGUUUGAUUCCAUCUUUGCUACAACUAAGUAUAUCAAAGCUCUGGACACGAUACGUCAAUUGCGUCUCAAGCAGAACAACAUGGUUAAAGAGUGUCAGGUGGAGUUGCGUUUCUUGAAGCAGAACAAGGAGAAGGCCCAGCAAAUUCGAGAGAUUAUCGCCAGCAAGGAGGCUCAGCUAAUUGCCUCCAAGGAUAGCAUCCAGCUGAUUGAUAGCCAGAUUGAUCCACUGGAGAAUCGGCUGACAGAUAUCGACUUAAAUUUGGGCAAGGUGCUGAAGUUGGACAAUGACAUUAAAGCUUUGGACAGCAGGAAGAAACAGAUGGAGGAGGAUAACAAGGAGUUGGAGGAAACAAUGGAACAGGUGUUCCAGGGUUCAACUGAGCAGCUGCAAGAGCUUUACCAAAACCAUCAGAGAACAGUGAGAGAGAAGGAACGUAGGCUGACUGACUGCCAGAAAGAGUUGGAGCGAGCCGGCCGGGAAUGUAUGAGACUCAACAGGGUCAAGUCUGAUCUCCUAGUCGAGCAAGGACGUCUCCAGCUAGAGGCCGACCGCCACACUCAAAACAUAAGGAACCGUGACACCCAGAUACGCUCCUUGUCAUCCCAUCUGGAGGUGGAGGGUUAUGACCGGCCACCUUUCACAACACUUCAGCUCGAGAGCUUUCAUCAUCAUAUCGCACAGAGACUUGAGCAGGAAAAAGAGACGCUUGCUCAGGUUAUGGCAGACCUGCAGGAAAAAGAGCAGCAGAAACAACAGUCAAUUGACGAGAUCAGGGAUAAGAAGACUGGUCUGGAGAGGACAGUGGAGCUCAAAAGGGACCUUCAAGGAAAGAAGCAGCAAGAGCUCCGUAAUGUCCGUGCUGAGCUACAAAGGUUGGAAGGUUCGUCAGGCAGAAUGCAGGAGCUGGAAAACGAGCUGGCCAAAGUUGAGCGUGAGCUGCAGAGCGCCUUACAAACAUCCAACAUAGAGGAGCUCAAGACGGAUGUUGUGGAGCUCCAGAGAGAAAAGGCAGAACUUGACCGCACACAGAGGCAGCUGGACCAAGAAAUGGGAAUACUCAACAUGCACACGACUGCGCGCACACAGAUGGAAAUGUUAACAAAGGACAAGAAAGAGAAAGAGGAGCACGUACGCAAGAUCAAGUCGCGUCAUAGUGAUGAUCUGGUGUCACUGCUGGGCCACUUCCCCAACAAAAGAGAACUGGAGGACUGGCUCUAUGCUAAGUCAAAGGAAAUAAAUGGCACCAGGACCAAACUGGCCAAAAUCAAUAAGGACCUGGCUUCAAGCGAGCAGAAUAAGAGCCACAUCGCCGCCGAACUGCGUAAAAAGGAGCAGCAGUUGACAAAUGACGAAGAGAGAUUCUUCAGCGUGUGCGGCAGUCAAGAUCUGGAGCAAGACCUUGGCAAAGUGCAGGAGGACCUGGAAAAAAUCUCCAAACAAAGAGCCAUGCUCGCUGGAGCCACUGCCGUUUACACUCAGUUCAUCAGCCAGCUGACAGAGGAGAGGGAACCCUGCUGCCCCGUCUGCCAGCGGACGUUCCCGUCCGAGCCGGACCUGCAGGAGGUAAUCAGCGACAUGCAGUCCAAACUGCGUCUGGUUCCGGAUAAGCUGAAAAACACAGAGCAGGACCUGAAGAAGAAAGAGAGGAGGCGAGAUGAGAUGUUGACCCUAAGACCAGUCAGGCAGUCCAUUGUGCAGUUGCAGGAGAAGGAGUUGCCCGAGCUUAGAAAUCGUCUACAGAGUGUGAACAGAGACAUUGAGCGACUGAAAGGUGAUGCAGAGGAGCAGGAGACUCUGCUUGCGACGUUGAUGUCAGAAGAAGAAACCGCCAAGGCCUGUCAGCAGGACAUCGCUCUUAUGGACAGAUUCUUGAUGGAUCUAAAGGAAGUUGAGAGGAAAAUAGCUCAGAAUGCAGCCAAGCUCCAGGGAGUAGACUUGACCAGAACCAUCCAGCAAGUCAGUCAGGAGAAGCAGGAGACGCAGCUCAAGUUAGACACUGCAUCCAGCAAAAUGGAGCUUAAACGGAAGCUGAUCCAAGACCAGCAGGAUCAGAUUCAGAUGUUAAAGAGUAGUGUGAAUGAGACCAAAGCGGAGAAACUCCAGCUCAGCAGUGACAUGCAGAAGCAGAAGCAGCUGGAGGAGCAGUGUAUUGAUUUCACCACUGAGAUUCAGGGUCUAACCAGGGACAUCCGGGAGGCUAAAGAACAGCUGUCUCCGUUGUCCUCCACCCUGGAUAAAAUGCAGUUGGAGAAACAGGAGCUGAUGCAACGCAAAAGGGAGAAGCAGGAAGAAGGACAGGAGAAGAUCAACACUAUUAAAGAGAAAAUAAAGACCAUCACCAUCUUGGAAAGGGACAUCAGCAAGUAUCUUGAAGAGGGCAAACAUGAAUACAAGGAGCAAAAAGAAUCAGAGCUUCAAGAAACCAACACGCUCCUCCAUGAGGCUGAUCGACACAAAGAAAAGAUUAACAAAGAGAUGGGAAACAUUCGACAGGACAUCGACACUCAAAAGGUACAAGAGCGCUGGUUACAGGACAAUUUGACUCUAAGAAAGCGGCUUGAAGAGCUUAAAGAGGUUGUGGCAAAGCGGGAAGCUCUUUGCAAAGACAUAGGCAACAUGCAAGUGAUGCAGCUACGCCAAGAACGUCGUGACACAGAGCGUAAGGUGGACGACCUGAAAACGAACCGCAGUAUUGCACUGGGUCGCCAGAAAGGCUUCGAGGAGGAGUUGUUGCAUUACAAAAAAGAGCUGCGAGAAGACCAAUACAGCAAAGCGGAUGAACUCUACAAAAACAAGAUGAUCGGAAUGCGCACGACAGAGCUGGUCGUCAAAGACCUGGAUCUUUACUACAAAGCCCUCGAUCAAGCCAUCAUGAGGUUCCACAGUCUGAAGAUGGAUGAAAUCAAUAAAAUCAUCAGAGACUAUUGGCGCAGCACCUAUCGAGGACAAGACAUCGAGUAUGUGGAAAUCCGCUCAGAUAUGGAUGAGAAUUCAUCUGCGGGAGUGAAACGAAGGGUUUACAACUAUCGAGUAGUUAUGGUAAAAGGAGACACCGCUUUGGACAUGAGGGGACGCUGCAGUGCUGGCCAGAAGGUGCUGGCAUCUCUUAUUAUCCGUCUCGCCUUGGCGGAAACUUUCUGUCUGAACUGCGGGAUCCUGACGCUGGAUGAGCCCACCACCAACCUGGACAGAGAAAACAUUGAGUCGCUUGCACACGCCCUUGUUGAAAUCAUCAAGAGUCGCUCAGGGCAACGCAACUUCCAACUGCUGAUCAUCACGCACGACGAAGACUUUGUGGAGCUGCUAGGCCGCUCCAGUUACAUCGAACACUUCUACCGCAUCCGCAAAAACCAAGACCAGAACUCUGAAAUCACCAAGUGCAGUAUCAGCUCCCUCUCCUCCUAUCUGCACUGA